GCCAUGCCCGGCAUCGACAAGCUCCCCAUCGAGGAGACGCUGGAAGACAGCCCCCAGACCCGGUCUUUGCUGGGAGUAUUUGAAGAAGAUGCUGCUGCCAUUUCUAAUUACAUCAAUCAGUUAUUUCAAGCCAUGCACAGAAUAUACGAUGCACAGAAUGAAUUAAGUGCAGCAACUCAUCUGACUUCAAAGCUGCUGAAGGAAUAUGAGAAACAGCGUUUUCCACUAGGGGGAGAUGAUGAAGUUAUGACUUCCACUUUACAGCAAUUUGCAAAAGUGAUAGAUGAGCUCAGCUCUUGCCAUGCAGUACUUUCAACUCAACUUGCAGAUGCAAUGAUGUUUCCUAUUACCCAGUUUAAAGAGAGGGAUCUAAAAGAGAUACUAACUCUAAAAGAAGUUUUCCAAAUUUCAAGCAAUGAUCAUGAUGCUGCCAUUACCAGAUACGGUCGGUUGUCAAAAAGAAGAGAAAAUGAAAAGAUCAAGGCUGAAGUUACAGAAGAUGUAUAUACUUCCAGGAAAAAACAGCAUCAGACUAUGAUGCAUUAUUUCUGUGCAUUAAAUACUCUUCAGUACAAAAAGAAAACUGCUAUGCUGGAACCCUUGCUAGGAUAUAUGCAAGCUCAGAUAAGUUUUUUUAAAAUGGGUUCAGAAAAUCUGACUGAGCAAUUGGAAGAAUUUUUGACCAAUAUUGGCACAAGUGUACAGAAUGUUCGCAGGGAAAUGGAGUGCGAAGUAGAAAACAUGCAACAAACUAUAGAGGACUUGGAAGUAGCUAGUGAUCCACUGUAUUUGCCAGACCCUGAUCCUACAAAAUUUCCCGUUCAUCGAAAUCUAACACGGAAAGCUGGCUAUCUCAAUGCAAGGAAUAAGACAGGGCUAGUAUCUUCUAGCUGGGAGAGACAGUUUUACUUCACUCAAGGUGGAAAUUUGAUGAGCCAGGCAAGAGGUGAUGUAGCUGGCGGACUUGUCAUGGAUAUAGACAAUUGUUCUGUAAUGGCUGUGGACUGCGAAGACAGACGGUACUGUUUUCAGAUAACAUCUUUUGAUGGUAAAAAGUCUUCAAUCCUACAGGCAGAGAGUAAAAAAGAUUAUGAAGAGUGGAUAUGCACCAUAAACAACAUAUCAAAACAGAUAUAUCUAAGUGAAAACCCUGAGGAAAUUGCUGCACGUGUAAAUCAGUCAGCUCUGGAGGCUGUUACUCCAUCUCCUUCCUUUCAGCAGAGGCAUGAGAGCAUGCGGCCAACGGUACAAUCUCGUCCUGCAGCUCGUACUAGCAGCACAGGGUCAUUGGGAUCUGAAUCAGCAGCUUUAUCAGCACUUUCCUUGGAUUCACUUGUUGCCCCUGACACUCCUAUACAAUUUGACAUAAUCUCUCCAGUUAGUGAAGAUCUGCCUGGUCAAGGAAAAUCUUCAGGGCAGUCGGGAAGACGCACAAAUCCUUUUGGUGAAUCUGGAGGCUCAAAAUCUGAAACAGAAGAUUCAAUUCUUCAUCAGUUAUUUAUUGUAAGAUUUCUUGGCUCUAUGGAGGUGAAGUCUGAUGAAAGUCCAGACGUUGUUUAUGAAACAAUGCGUCAAAUACUAGCAGCUCGCGCCAUCCAUAACAUUUUCAGGAUGACAGAAUCACAUUUACUAGUCACUUGUGACUGUUUAAAGUUAAUUGAUCCACAGACACAAGUUACAAGACUACAAUUUCCUUUGCCCAACGUAGUCUUGUACGCGACACACCAGGAGAAUAAGCGCCUUUUUGGAUUUGUGCUUAGAACUUCAGGAGGGAGAGUUGAGAGCCGCCAAACUUCUGUCUGCUAUAUAUUUGAAUCAAAUAACGAAGGGGAAAAGAUUUGUGACUCUGUUGGACUGGCAAAACAGAUAGCUUUUCAUGCAGAACUGGAUCGAAGAGCAUCAGAAAAGCAAAAAGAAAUAGAUAGAGUCAAAGAGAAACAACAAAAAGAACUGAACAAACAAAAACAAAUUGAAAAGGACUUAGAGGAGCAAAGCCGGUUGAUAGCUGCUUCCAGCAGGUCGAACCAGAGCAGUGGGGAAGGACAAUUUGUAGUCCUUAGCAGCAGCCAGUCGGAAGACAGUGAUUUAGGAGAAGAUGGAAAGAAGAAGAGAGAAUCUGAAGCCUAA